AUGUACUUAUACUGUUUUAUAAAAAGAUGUACUUCGACAUCCUACAAGCGAAAAAAGAAAGAUAACGAACCAGUUGUGCCAUUUUAUAAAUUUCCCUCAAACUCCAAUGUAAGGCAGCAGUGGAUAAAUGCAAUACACAAGUUAAAUCAUCAAGAACUUGCUCCACAGUUGCCAAAAUAUGCAAACAUUUGUCUUCGACAUUUCGACAGUGCUUCUAUAGAACAAUUCGGUUUUACUCAAAUACGAUUAAAACCGAAUUCUGUGCCGUCAAUAUUUCCAAAUACAUCCGAUAAAGAAAGUGCGGAUAAAGAAUCUUCUAUGAAAAGUGCGGAUAAGAAAUCUUCUGUCGAAAAUAUUACGACAGUGCACUCUGUGCAGGAAGAAAGCAACAGAGUGGUUUAUAACUCAAGCAACGAUACCAUUAUCGACAUGGAACCUGACUGUGCUUCGGCAGGAACUUCUAAACCGUAA